AUGGCAGGCCUCCUUAUUGCUCUCAUCCUCAUCGCGACUGGGGCUAAGUCUGCUCCCACGAGCAAGAGAUCAACUCACAUCUACGGGAACUGCCAGCAACUUGACAUUCCGAUAACCGCGUCCGCCCCGAGCGCAAUCUACGAUCUGCCGGUGGUGGAUGACAACCUAUCGGCGACUGCCUGGGCUGUACAGCAGGACACGUGGAGCACUCCCGACGGCUCUGCGGCUAUCAAAGUCAACACCACGACAAUGGGCACUUGGAACAUCCAUGCGCAGCUGUGCUAUCCAACCGUCGCAAAUAAUAAGGUCGAUGUGCUGCAAAUCGCGACACAUGGAGCAUACUACGACUCGCGUUAUUGGGACCCUGAGCUUGAUCCGGAGAAUCAAUCUUAUGUCGAAGCAGCUCUCAAGGCUGGAUACUCCAUCCUCACAUACGAUCGCCUGGGGGCGGGGCAAUCGGACCAUCCAGACGCUUACACCAUUGUGCAAGCACCUCUCGAGCUCGAAAUCCUCAGACAGCUCACCGUCAUGGCGCGAAACGGGACUUUGUCAGCCUUCUGUCAGCACCGGGUCCCUGACAAGGUAGUGCACGUUGGACACAGCUUUGGCUCGGUCAUGACCUCUGCAUUCAUUGGCACGUAUCCUGAAUUGAGCGACGGCGCGGUCAUCACCGGAUACGUACUCAACAAGUACUUUGGCAGCAUUGGUUGGACCAGUUGGGACGUGCAGUUUGCUAACGAGUCCGACAUUCCGUUCAGUCGGCCCAGUGGCUACGUGGUGGAUUCGAAGUCCGGCAUACAGAAUGUCUUCUUCGGAGGCAAUUUGACGACUGCUUUCACGCGGCAGCAAUUCGAUUACGGCAAUUCGAUCAAGCAACCAGUGCCCAUAGGCGAGUUGGCGUCUUCGUACCAGCUUGUAUAUGUCACCGGUCCUCGUUUUGAAGGCCCUAUCCAGUACUUCCUACCGGAAUUCGACUUCUUCAUCUGCGGCGGAGACUGCAAAGGGGUGUCCAAUCUCACACUGCUCCAUGGAAUCUAUCCGAAUGCCUCUACCAUCGAAGUCGCCAUUCAGCCGAACACCGGACACGGGCUGACACUGCACAACAAUGCCACUGCAGGCUAUGAGGUGUCUUUCGACUUCCUUAACAGACAUGGCCUUGGUACUGGAGCUUGA